CGACUCAUUCUCUGUGACUCUCUCUUCCGUUUACGAAUCCCCAUUCCAUUUCCAUACACACACUUAUUCCGUUAUUCCUAUUCUCCCGCCGCAUUCAUUCCCCUCCCCCCUCUCCCUCUCUCUCUCUCUCUCUCAACCCUUUCCAUUUCAAUCCUCUACCAAUUACUCUGUAUUUUUUUUCUCAUUCCCCUCCAAGCUAGAACCAAUCAACCCUUACCAUGGCGUCCGAAAAGGAGAGGGAAACUCACGUUUACAUGGCCAAGCUUUCCGAGCAAGCCGAACGCUACGAAGAAAUGGUGGAGUACAUGAAGAAUGUGGCGAAAUUGGGGGAGGAGCUGACGGUGGAGGAGAGGAAUUUGCUGUCGGUGGGUUACAAGAACGUGAUCGGAGCGAGGAGAGCUUCCUGGAGAAUCAUGUCCUCCAUAGAGCAGAAGGAGGAGUCGAAGGGGAACGAGACCAACGUGAGGCUCAUCAAAGGGUACCGCGACAAGGUAGAGGACGAACUCUCCAACAUCUGCCAGCAGAUCCUCCAGAUCCUUGACCAGCACUUGAUCCCUUCUUCCAAAUCUGGAGAAGCCACCGUCUUCUACUACAAGAUGAAAGGUGAUUAUUUCAGGUAUCUGGCAGAGUUCAAGAGUGAGCAAGAAAAGAAAGAGGCUGCUGAUCAAUCACUCAAGGGCUAUGAGGCAGCUUCAUCCAUCGCUAGUGCAGAACUUGCGUCUACCCAUCCCAUUCGCCUUGGACUCGCUCUCAACUUCUCUGUUUUCUACUAUGAGAUUAUGAACUCCCCAGAAAGGGCGUGUCACUUGGCGAAGCAGGCGUUUGAUGAAGCGAUUGCGGAGUUGGACACUUUGAAUGAGGAGUCUUAUAAGGACAGUACCUUAAUCAUGCAACUGUUGAGAGACAACCUUACCCUAUGGACUUCUGAUAUGCCAGAAGAUGGAGGGGAAGAGAACUCCAAAGGGGAAGAAACAACUGCUCCAAAAGCAGCUGAGCCAGAACCAGAAAGCCGUUAAUGGUGAAAAACUGGAUUAUGCAGAAGUUAUCCAAAUCAGACAGUUCCCGCCAUUUAUUUUCAUUCUUUAUUUACUUGGUUUUUUACUUUCUUUUACCUCAAGAACGCAAAGUUUUAUUCUCAUGUUGAAUCAUAGCCCUCUUACAAUUACACAUAUAUCUCAUUGAUCUAUGCAUAU